UACCCCCCACCCCCCACCCACCCCACUUCACCCCCUUCAAAACCCCAUCUCAACCAAAAUUUCCAAUCAAAAUCUUCAAAUUUCACAAUGAAUGAUCUAUUCUCAGGAUCAUUUUCUCGUUUCAGAAAUGAAGAACAAUCCCCAAAUCAAGAAUCUGCUGGAAUACAAAUGAGACAACAAACAGGAGGUGUAAAUCUUGACAAAUUCUUCGAAGAUGUAGAAACCAUUAAAGACGAGCUUAAAGAACUCGAAAAGAUUCAUACCCAACUCCACAAUUCACAUGAACAGAGCAAGACUCUGCAUAAUGCUAAAAAUGUCAAAGAUCUCAGAAAAAAGAUGGAUAAUGAUGUUUCGUUAGCUUUGAAAAAGGCGAAGUUCAUCAAAGUUCGUUUAGAAGCAUUAGAUCGAUCGAAUGCUGCUAAUCGAAGUGUACCUGGUUGUGGACCUGGAAGUUCAUCUGAUAGAACAAGAACCUCUGUUGUUAAUGGAUUGAGGAAAAAACUUCAGGAAUCUAUGAAUCAGUUCAAUGAAUUAAGGCAAAGAAUGGCAUCUGAGUAUAGAGAAACUGUUCAAAGAAGGUACUUCACGGUGACAGGAGAAAAUCCAGAUGAAGGUACACUAGAUACUCUAAUAUCGACUGGCCAAAGUGAGACAUUUUUGCAGAAAGCAAUACAGGAGCAAGGAAGAGGACAAGUAAUGGACACAGUUAUGGAGAUUCAAGAGAGGCAUGAAGCUGUGAAGGAAUUAGAGAGAAAUCUGAAAGAAUUGCAUCAAGUUUUCAUGGACAUGGCUGUUUUAGUUGAAAGUCAAGGAGCACAGCUAGAUGACAUUGAAAGUCAAGUUAAUAGAGCCAAUUCAUUUGUCAGAGGUGGUGCUCAGCAGCUUGAGGUAGCAAGAAAACACCAGAAAAGUUCAAGAAAAUGGACUUGUAUUGCCAUUAUUAUUUUGCUCAUUAUUGUCUUGGUGGUGGUUCUUUCUAUUCAACCAUGGAAGAAAUGAGAAUCACUCAAACGUGGGGUUCGAACCAUGGAAUUAGUCACUAAUACUUGCACGUCAAGAUAACAUCCCCUUAGGGUGUCCUGCAUCAACACGAGAUGCUUUGUGCAUCAGAGUAUCUUUCUCUCUUUUUUCAUUUCUCUAUUGUUUGGAGUUCUCUUUGUAAUUAACUUAUUGCUCAAGUAGAAAUGGAGCUGAAGGAGACUGUUUUGUGCUAUUUGCCUUGUUUAUACACAUUUGGGUUUAAAUCUAAU